AAGCUGAGUUCGGGUCCACAGGGUGGAAGAAACCGCUUGCACCCCCCACACCUCAUUAGCCAAGAUGGUGUGACGUUCCCCCUCGUCGCCUUUCUAUAUAUCCCCCCACCUCCUCCUUCUUCCCUCACUACUCAAAACAACACUUGUCUUUAAUUUAUACCACUGCUUCCUUUCUUCCUCCCUAAGCUACCUAAAGCCUAAAGGAUACCCAAUCUUUCAAGUUUCAUUUCUUAAAUUCACCACGAAAAUGGCACUUUUUCCUCUACUUUUCAUGGUUUUUCUUCAUUUUUUCUCCUAUGCUUAUGGAUAUGGUGGGGGAUGGGUUGAUGCUCAUGCCACAUUUUACGGCGGUGGUGAUGCCUCUGGCACAAUGGGCGGGGCGUGUGGAUAUGGGAACCUAUACACCCAAGGGUAUGGGACUAAUACAGCGGCUUUAAGCACUGCGCUGUUCAAUAAUGGCAUGAGUUGUGGAGCUUGUUUCGAGAUAAAGUGCGUGAAUGACCCACGGUGGUGCCUGCCUGGCUCGAUUGUGGUCACUGCCACCAACUUCUGCCCACCAAAUAGUGCACUCCCAAACAAUGCUGGCGGCUGGUGCAACCCUCCUCUGCAUCAUUUUGAUCUCUCUCAACCUGUUUUCCAACGAAUCGCCCAUUACAAAGCCGGGAUUGUUCCUGUUGCUUAUAGAAGGGUAGCGUGCAGGAAGAGAGGGGGCAUAAGAUUCACAAUCAAUGGACAUUCAUACUUCAACCUAGUCCUAAUCACCAACGUAGGAGGUGCCGGCGAUGUUGUAUCGGUUUCCAUAAAAGGCUCAAGAACCGGUUGGCAACCCCUGUCGAGGAACUGGGGCCAAAACUGGCAGAGCAACACUUACCUUAAUGGACAAAGUCUGUCCUUUAAGGUCACCACCAGUGACGGUCGAACUCUUGUCUCUAACAAUGUCGUCCCUCCUAAUUGGUCCUUUGGCCAAACCUUCACCGGCUCACAGUUCCCCUAAACUCUCCAGAACCCGUAAUAUAAUAGUGAUGAUAAUCGUAAUAUUGCAUUGCAGUCCUAUUACUGUUUAAAUUAAGCCGGGGUGUAAAAGAUUAGUGUUUUUAGGAGUAGAGUGGUCGAAAUGAAUAGAUAUAACCAUAAUACGAGGUUAUAACUCUAUAUUCAAGUAAAAAAAAAAAACCUUUAAAUUCGUAGAGUAGUUGAAAUGGUGAAAAGGCUUUUAAUUUUAAGAUGGGCCCUCGUCAUUGAAAUUAAAUUUAAAGGUGGUGGUGGUGGUUGCUGUUUUAUUUCUGUUCUGCUCUCUUUUGACAAAGGCGGAGACAAAGAAAUUGGCAGCGGUGGCGGUGGGUAUUUGAUUUAAAAACCUGCCGGCCGCCACUUCUUUUUGGUUUGCUACAAUUUUUGCUUUUAUGUGAAGCAAUCUGUAAUCAGCGUUCGUCGGAUAAUAAAAUUUGUACGAGUUUUACAUAAA